GAAACGCUCAAGUGGGGGAUGGCAAGUCAAACCUCUCACACUUUUGUCCUUCCCGAAGGUCGAAUAAAAGAACUUUCCCAGCAACCAAACACCCCCACAUGUACCUGAAAAAUCUGCUAUGUUCAAAGCACAGAGCUUUUCUUUGAUCUCUUCAAUUUUUUCCACUAUUCAAUUGCUGAGUUAUUUCGUGCUCUUGACAGCUAGGUGUUUGUGAAAAAGCCUAGCCGAGAGAGAGAGAGAGAGAGCGUUCACACUGAUUGGUGAGACCAUCAUCUUUGAUUCACGGUCUUCUGCUUUUGCUUGCGCUUUGCAACUUGUUUGCAAACUUGGGUUUCUAUUUUUUCCUCCUCUUCUGGCAGUUGGGUCUCGAAAGACGUGUUCUUGGGACGUUUUCUGGUGAUGGGUUCUUGCUUAAGUUCUAGAAUUAAAGCUGACAGCCCCCAUCAUAAUGGAUUACAUUCAAAUAGCAAGGUGUCGUCUGUCUCAGUGACUUCAACUCCUCGGACAGAGGACGAGAUCUUGCAAUCCUGCAAUUUGAAGAGCUUCGCCUUCAAUGAACUGAAAACUGCCACCAGGAACUUCCGUCCUGAUAGUAUGGUGGGUGAAGGUGGUUUCGGCUCUGUUUAUAAGGGGUGGGUUGAUGAGAAUUCAUUAACAGCUGCCAAGCCCGGUACUGGCAUGGUUAUUGCUGUGAAAAGGCUUAACCAAGAAGGUCUCCAGGGUCACAAAGAAUGGUUGACGGAAAUCAACUACCUUGGGCAGCUGCAUCACGAAAAUCUUGUAAGGUUGAUUGGUUACUGCUUAGAGGAUGACCACCGUCUUUUGGUGUAUGAAUUUAUGCCUCGCGGAAGCUUGGAUAACCAUCUGUUUAGAAGGGCGUCUUACUUUCAACCACUUUCCUGGAACCUUCGUAUGAAGAUUGCUUUCGGUGCUGCUAAGGGCCUAGCAUUUCUUCACAGUGACGAGGCAAAAGUGAUCUAUCGGGACUUCAAAACUGCUAAUAUCCUGCUGGAUUCGACCUACAAUGCCAAACUUUCUGAUUUUGGUCUAGCCAAGGAUGGCCCAGCCGGUGAUAAAAGCCAUGUCUCAACAAGAGUCAUGGGGACAUAUGGUUACGCAGCGCCUGAGUAUAUGUCCACAGGUCAUUUAACUGCGAGAAGUGACGUGUAUAGCUUUGGGGUUGUUAUGCUCGAACUAUUGUCUGGCAGACGAGCUGUGGACAAGAACCGGCCAUCGGGAGAGCACAAUUUAGUUGAGUGGGCCAAACCUUACCUUGCAAGCAAACGCAAAGUUACUCAAAUUUUUGACGGUCGUAUUGAAGGCCAGUACUCUUUGGAUGAAGCUCUCAGAGCUGUGAACCUUGCAAUUCGAUGCUUAGCUGUAGAACCCAGAGUUAGGCCAACCAUGGAUGACGUGGUAAAAGCGUUGGAGCAACUUCAGGAGCCCAGUGACUCGGAGGGCUCAGGUAUCUCCCAAAAUGAACAUCGCCCAAACCCUCAUGCACAUUCAAACCACGCCCCCAAACAUCGCAGACACAGCAUCAACGGAGUCAACAAUGCAGCAACUCCUCAUCGUCCCAGGGCAUCCGCUUCCCCCAUCCCAGCAUGAGACAUUCAUAAUCCAUGCAUGCUUUAUCAUUAGUUUGAUUGGUUCAAGGGAAAACUGGGAUUCAGUCUGAAAGGAAAGGGAGGGAAAAGAAAUAGGAAGAAGAAAGCGGAAGGAAGCAGAUAGUGUGUAUAUUGAAUACUGUAUCUUGUAACGAGUAUGUAACUGCAGACAGUCGAAUAAUGUACAAUUUUGUUUUGUGAA